UUUCUUUCACAUCACAGUCUACAGUUACGCUCGAAAGACGCCUAAACUUUACAAUAAACCACUGAGACAGGGCCUAGGUAUUAACCCCCUUUCUGCCCCCCUCCCCACUUUAGAAUCGGUGACGCGGGUCCUGCACUGGGAAGAGUGUAUUAAGGAUAAAAAUGUUUCUUUUCAAGCACGUCCCGUAUUCUAAUUCCUCCAGGUUCGAAGAUUUCAUCUUGAAAGUGAUGGCAUCUAACCUUUUGUAUGACCCCCAUCAAUAACUUUUAGGUGAUUAAGGGGUACCAAAUGGUGACCAUAUUGAUAUACUAACAAAUAUUCUACUUAGAGCCGAGCACUGAAGUACCUAAAGCAGAGAUUAGUGUGCGAGACCAGGCAACACGCUGUCAUUGGGCUAGCAGGGGUUAUAGUCCCUCCACUUUUUUACGAUAAUAGGUUAGAAAGCUUUUUUGAAAGCUUACUCUAACUAUACUUUAUCGCAACAUUGGAUAGUAUACUCUUAAGAAGUAGCAGUUGUUCUUGACUGGGAACCCUUUUGUUCAUUUUCUAGGUGUUUUUCUUGAUGUUUCAUUAUCCCCAAGCUAAUUUUUUCUGUUUUUAUAGCUAUUGAAAACUUCUCUGAAUUAAAUGUUCAGUACAAAUCAGCAAGUAUUAUCUAAAAGGGUUGUUUUCCGGCGUUCUAGAGGGCGUGGCCUAAAAUUUCUUCGAUCAUACCCUUUUCAGCCCUCCCACAUUUAGACUGGUGCGCGGUCCCUGUGCGAGACAUCAAUCAAAAAUGCUGUGUGCUUGUCUGCUUUUGUUGUCUUGCAGGGUGGAUGGGAAUCGACAGGGUGCAGAAUAGCCUAUAGGGAUGCACAAGAACUUCACGAAGGGCCACUAAUCUCACUAAAACCAAAUAGUCCGUUAUCCAAAACUGUUUUAGGAAUCCUUUUAUAAUCCAAAUCAAAUCAGAAAAGCGUCGAUAAUCUGGAUCAUCCGCUGAAAAUUCCAAAUAAUCCAAAAUCGAAAGAAUUUUAAACGGGGCCUAUCUAUCGAGUUUCGUAGGAGAUUAACUAGGCCUCAUAGCCCCAAGGCUUACAAUGUGGUGUUAGCUGAGUGGAGUAACAAGGAAACUUCGUAUAUGCAUUUUGAUACAUUUAGCACAGUGUCAUAUCUUAUAUUUAGAGAUGUGCUGUCCAAGAGACCCCAAAGCUAUCCAAGUUAAGUUUCCUUCAGCCAAAUCGAAAUAGGAGCCAAGAAUCGAUCUUAAAUGUCAGAAAGAAACCCUUUUGCUGGUAUGUGUGUGCGGUAUGCUACAGAGGAUAACAAGUUGUUUUCAAGAAUAGCAUUGCGUUAAUCGGGUGCAACCUUUUUGACGUAGGAUCACUGCCCUUGAGAAUGCUUGAAAGAUCCAAACCACCACAAUAGGAUGUAAGAACAAAGCAAAUACCAUUGUUGACAUAUCGAGGAUAUGAUUAAAUUGCGGCCUACUUGCCCUUCCUCAGAGAAACCAACCCUGUUGAAUAGAGGAGGCAAAGAAUGCAGAAACACGCAUGCGCCUUUCCAUCUCUCUAUUUCACGGGUCUACGUUUGUAUCUGUCACAAGUCAUGGUUUUCGGGGCGUUCUCAGUAUAAAUUGUUUUGCUGGAGAACAGCAGUCACAAGAGAAAGUGUCUUUAGAAUUUAUUAUUAAUAAGGAUUAUUGUUCUGCUCCAGAGUGUUAAAAAGUUAUGGCCUAGGGGACAGGAAUUUUUACGUAGAUCAAGGAACAAUGCAUUUUUGAAAGCCAGAGCUAUUUAAGAAGGAUUAGAAGGAGUUUUGAUCAUUUGUGCAAAAACAGAACUUAUUUAAGUUCAAAAUCCUUCUCAUUUCCCUUAAGCCGGCUGUGCGCAACGAGUUUUGCCUGUCAACUUUCACAAUUAAGAAAUUUAGUCGUGUUUUCAGUUAUUGUUUAUUUUACAAACUUGAAGAAAUAAAUUAUUCUAAUAGAAUGCAAAUGCUUUCAGAAUGUGACAGCUAUUUUGGGGCGAAUUGAAACGAAAUGACGACUGUCUCAAGUUCACAAAGCACAAAUAAAUUGCAUACUUUUGAAGAUAUAAAUUCUAGUUUUCAAUGGGAUUUUAGUCCUCCUUCAAAAGCAUGACAUUUGACAUGAAACUUUAAAACCUCCUCCAGACACCUUCAUUUCGUGAGGCGGCGACAAUAUAGAGUUGCAAGACAGGUACUACUAAGGCCAACCAUUGCAUCUAAGUGAGAACAUCUCGUUUAUCUUUGAGAAGCGAUAAAUGUAGAAGACACAUGUGGCAAAGAUAGUGGGAUGCAUAAGCAUCAGUGACGUUUAUUUCUCUUGGUCUUAUUAUAUCGUAGCCAUAACGCCGUUUUAUGCUGGUAGGUUGCAAGACAACUUUAGGAAAGAUCAUGACUCAGUGACUGAGAAAAUGAGGAAUCGUCACAUAAUGCUGUUAUUUGGAAGGCGAUAAUUGGACUCCAGCUUGGAGUGAACAUUAUUCUAUAGUAAGAUGUCUGAGCGUGGCUCGUGCAAAGUUUUUGCUCCGAAUAUAUUUAAUCCAACCAAAUGUCAAAACUGCUACAAGCCGAAAGAGGGCCACCCCUCUGGGCCCCCGCAACAAUCCAGCGGGAAAAUAAAGAGAGGAAUAUCGUUUCCAGCUAAUCGAGACCAAAAUACAACCACCAUCAAGACUGUACUCAAAGAGGGUUCCUUAUCUGUUGGAACAUUGAAUCCUGGCGGAAACACAGUUCAGACAUGGGUGAAAAGAUGGUAUGUGUUGUAUUCGUCUGGUGAAUUAGAAGAGUUUCCUAUUGAAGAUGGAGAGGUGAUGCGAAACAAGUCCAUCGGUGUCAUCGUACUACAGGAUUUCAUUCGUAUGCUGGACGGCCACAGUGAAAUCGGCGAGGAGAAUUCUGUUGGAUUGAAGUCUCUUAAAGAUGGGAUUUACCUAAAAGCUGCGAACAAAGUCGAUUUUGAAAACUGGUGGAAAGAGCUAUCAACAUUUGUACCCUCACCAAUGAAGCGUGCCCAGAGCGCCGGUGCAGCCAAUAAGCCUCAACUGACAGGCACUAAACCAUGGCUAAACAAGACGCUCUCAAGCCCCCUUAGUUCAUCAGGAAUAAAACCUGUAACUGCAAAAUCACCAUUAUCAGCUACAACGACUGAUGCAGACAAUACUCAGGUUGAUGGAUUAAACUCAAAAAUCAGCAAACUGCAGCUGGAAGUGAAUAAGAUUCCAAAACUAGAAGAAGAAAGAAGAAAACUUGAGCUGGAAGUGAACUACUGGAAGGAAUACGUCACAAAUGCGAAUUCAAUGAAAAGAUCGGGAAGCAAAAUGGACACUGAGAAAGCUCUCAACGAAGCACGAAUACAGGUUAUCGAUUUGCAAGACAAGAUGAACGAGUUUGAGAAGGAAAAACGCACUUUAUCACUAAAGGUUAACGAACAAGAGAAAAAACUUCGCGAACAAACUACAAAGUUGGAAGAAGCAAAUAAUAUGAUUAAUAAGUACAUUGUUAAUAUUAGUGAUCUGAAAAUGCAACUCGUCCAAAGAAAAGAUAGCAGAGGCGAUAAUAGAGACAAGACAGAUGGUCCACCGGCCACGGAUGUGAAGCCUUUAAGCUCCAUUCCUGAGGAAAGGGGACUUGGUGCCUUGAGUCCGACAAGUGAUACCUCUUCAGAAAGGGGGGAAACUAGUGACUUAGAAAACAAGUUUAUUAAUUUAAGGGAGAAAAUGAAACGUAUUGAGAAAGAACUGUUUUUCAAGUCAAAGGAGUUGGAAAAGGCGAACGAGAGUAGAUCAAAAGUUGCCAAAUAUACAAGGACAUUGUUACAAGAGUUAGAAGCUAAACUGAACGAUACGCAACGAAAAAUGUUGGAAGCUAGCGAAAGAUUGAGCGAUACUACAAUGGAAUUGGAAAUGGAGCGAGAAAGGCGGCGUAGGCUCGAAUCGGAAAUUGAGCAACAAAGCCUUAGUAGACACAGUAGCGUAUCGUCUUCGUUAAGCGAGCAGAAUAGCAUUGAUAUUCCUGGCGAAACGGUGCCGCAGAACGACACUGAAGUAAGCAAUCGUUAUGUUGAUUAUUAUCGGUCACGGUUUCGAGAGGCAGAGGGUACGCUUUUAGAGAAGGACAAAAAACUUAGUGAAUCUCAAACCAAGUUUAGGGAACUCGAAGCUAAAUAUAGAAAUGUCUUAAAACAAUGUCGUUCGCUCGAUGAUAUUCAAGUCAAACUUUCUGACGCUACCCACAAGUUGAGUGAUAGACAAUUGAAAAUUCACGAACUGACUCGAGAGGUCGAAAAGUUACGUGGUUACGAGCGCGGUUACGAUAGGAAGUCGAAAGAGCUGCAAUUAUCGACAGAUAAAGUAAAGGAUUUGGAAGAACAAUUGAGCGAUCUACGAAAGAGAUUUACUGUGCAAGAAAAAGAAUUGGAAGGAUUUAAGAUAAGAGAAGUUGUCAUGAAAGAGAGGUUAACAGCCUUUGAGGAAGAGAGCUCUGAUGAGGAGGAGGAAGGUGAUGACGCUGAUGAGGAUGAUGCCGAGGCUAGACUUGAGAGGAGCAUCGAGGCUAAAGCGAGGGUAGAAAAGACGAUCGAUCUCGAAGGUCAGGUGAGGUUACUAAGCAACGAGAAUACUGAAUUGACAGAGACAUUGUACAACCUUGAGAGCAAGCUGAAGGCGUAUGAAGAAGAGAAUGCAGGGAGACCUGUUUUGGACGCCGGGGAAAAGCAAGGGGCUGAGACCCAGGAGUUGGAAAAUAACGAACUUCGGGAGCGUGUAAAAGAGCUCGAGGCGAAGUUGAUAAAAGAAGAAGAUGGUUAUUAUUCGGCUAUAUCCGAAAUGAAAGAAAAACAUAAGAGUGAAUUGAAUAUAAUAAGAAGUAACACCAGGCAAGACAUGACACAGUUUGCUAAGUUAAAAGAGGAGCACGAGCUUCUGAAAAACGAAAUCAACACGAAAAUGCUUGUCGAAUCGAAAGAUAGCGAGGAAAAAAGUAAACUGAUCGAAAAUGUCACUGAGUUAAAACAGCAGGUUGAGGAUACAGGAAAGAGGCUCUCAGAGCAGGAAAGUAGACUCGUGUCUGGAGAAGAAAGGAUUAGAAAUUUAGAAGCAGAAAAUAGAGACUUGAUUUCGGAAAUUGGAAAUAAAAACAUUCUUGUGGUCGAAUUAACUGAGAAAACUAAGGACACUGAAUCUGCACUCGUUUCAAAGAGUGAUACAGCAGAACAGUUGCAAAAGUUACACCUUGAAAAGGAUGACUUGUUAAAAAGCCUUGAAAAGGAUAAUGCAAAAUUACGUGAAGAUUUUGCUGCUAUGGAAAAUGCCAUGUUGUUUGCGUCAGGAAAGAAGUACGAGGCUGAAGCACAGGGACGAGAUGGCGAGAUCAAGGAAGAGGGCUCGGAAAUGCUGGAUACAGGUAUCGGAUUGAGGGUAGAGUUGAAUAACUUGAGGGACAUGUUGAUGAAAUCACAAAGCUUAAAAAUGGAGUACAAAAACCAACUUGAAGAGGCUGCAAGGAAAUAUCUGGAGAGUGAGCAAAGAGUUAUAGAGCUAGCUGAAAACCUGGACUCGCGAUCAGGGUUAGAGAAAGGCCUAAAAGAGGAAGUGAUGGCGAUUCAAAUAAAAAUGGAAGCCAUGCGAAAACAGCUGAUCGAGUCACAAGAUCUCCUACAAUCGAAAUCGAUCGAACUUGAAAAGGAGCGAAGCAACAUUUCACAUCUGGUAGACGUGACAAGUGCAUACAUCAAGGAAUUAGAGAAUUCUUUGUCGGAGAGUCGUGAAAAGAACAUGGAGCUUCAGAGUAUAGUCGAAGAAUCAAAGAACAACAACGGGCGAAGAAUGCCCCCUGAAGGAAUCGCAGAAAAGGACCGGUACGAUAGUUUGUCAGAUCAGUCAGAUAUUGAAGUUUCGACGAAGGAGAAGCAAAUCGAACUCGAAAGAGACCGUUUACUUUCGGAAAAUCAACACUUAAACGCAAGGAUCUUAGAACUUGAAUCGGAGAUAUCGUGUCUUAACAGGAAAUUCGAAGACGAAAAACGCGAAAUAAAAGAACUUAAUGCCAAGCAGCUACAGUUAGCCUACGCAGAAAAGGGUUUUGACGAGAAAGAUAGUUGUCCUUAUGAUCUGAGUCAAGAAGACCAAGCUCUCCCUGAGAGGCCGGCUGGCGUUGGACGAAACAGGGAAAGCCAAAGUUCUGAAGACAGAGAUAAAGAACAGGUUGACAGAGUACAAGAACUCCAGACUGAACUUGAACAGGCAAGGGAAAGACACGAUGAAGAGAUGAAAAUGAAGGAAGAGUCCCAUGCCAAACUGAUUGAAGAGCUUCGAGAUGAUAUGGAGAAAUCUUUAGCAGAUACUAUCAAAGCAAUCAACAGCUCGAUGAACGGUCAAAAUACGAAUGGUCUGGACGAGAGGAUUAUCGAAUUGGAGAGAGAAAAAGAAGAAUUGAGAGUUCGGUACGAAAACGAACUAGAAGCUGAAAAGGAAGCGCAUCAAGCCGAGAUGGAGGAGACAAUCCGGGAUAUGCUUACUGUCACCGAAGUGUUCAAAUCAGGAAAGUACAAUGAAAAGGAAGACCAAGAGGAUGGACAUGGACAUACCAGCCAGAGAAGCAGUCGAAGAAGUUCGGUUGUAUCAACUGACGGCUUGGAAGAAGAGAGAAGAGAAUUUGAGAAGAAGAUGGCCCAGAAGGAGAAAGAAUACGAAAAAGCGGUGGAGAGCGUGAAGAAAGAUAUGUUGACGGUAAUCGAAGCAAUGCAGCACGGCGGUGCAUCUGCUGCGAUUUUGGAGUUAACCAGCAGGAACCAAAACAUUCAGAAGGAGUUAGAUGCUGGCCUAGCAGAAUUCGAAAUCGAGCGAGAGGAUUUGAAGAUGAAAAUCGAGAGGCUGGAAUCGAAUAAUUUCUUUGGCUUAAGGAGGAAUGAAGAAAUGGGGACGAAAAUAUUUCAGAUGCAAACGGAAUUAGAAGAGAUGGAAAGAAAGCAUAGACUAGAGCUUGAAGUGUAUAAGGAUAAAGAAAAUUCGGAUGCGAUAUUGGAGCUCGUGAAGGUCAAUGAAGAUUUAGAAAAGAAAAUAAAAGUCUUGGAGGUUGAAUUACAUGACAUUACAGAGAAACAUCUAGAAGAAAUGGAGCUUCUUACUAUGAAAGUUCAGGAAGAAAAGAGAGUGGCGAUCUGUGAAAUGACUGACACUGUUUUGAGUCUCGAAGGGGUUAUUGACGAAAUGAAAGAUAGACAUGACAUUGAUAUCAAAGAGUUUGAAGAACGAAGUCGAGAGGAAAAACUUGAUGCUGUAGAAGAGAUUCAAAAAAGAAUUGAAGAACUCGAGAUAUUGCUGUCGCAAACUUCUGAUGAAUAUGAAGAAAGAAUUGGUUUAAUCACGGAGGAACAUGAUAGGGAGAUGCAGGAACUGAGAGAAGAGCUGGAAGCAAAGGUAGAAUAUUAUAAGACUAUUGGUGGAGAAAGACAGAACGUAGGGAAGACUAAUGGGCAUGGCGGAGAUAGUGAACUGGAAGAGAGAUGCAAGGAGUUGGAGAUGCAAUAUAGUGAGGCUGAGAAGGCCUGGCAGUUAAAAGUGAAGGAGAUGAAUGUUGAAUUCGUGAAGGAAACAGAAGCAAAACAGCAGGAUUUUAACAAUCAGAUCAACGAAAUUCGGAGUGAGUAUGAAGAAAAACUGAAAUCUUGUAUCAAAGAGAGUGCUAGGCGACACAGUGUCAGCAGUCGGAAAACAGAGUCACAAAAGAACAAGGAGUUGUCAUCAAGAGUUGUGGAACUAGAAUUAGCGCUUGAGGAGCAGCAAAAACAAUACCUAGCGGAAACUGAAGACUAUAAGCAGAUAGUGAACAAUUUCCAAGCUCUUGUUUCAGAAUUACGGUCAGGGCAACCAGAGACUGUGGUAGAGAGCAGCGAGAAGGAAGUAGGAUCAGAAACAGCUUCAAUUUCGCAAGACGAAUCAAAGAUGGCUAGGGUACAAGCAUUGGAAAAUCAGAUUCAAGGGUAUGAGAAGCGAAUUGACUAUUAUAGAAAAAAGGCAGAGAGAGACGAAGAAGAUGAGAAUUCCCGAGUCAGUGAACUUCAAGAGGAGGUCCAUGGGCUGCGGGAGGAGAUGAAAGAACUCACUGAGAGGCAUGGAUCCGAGUCUGCAAAAGUGCCAGAAACUGAAACGAAACCGGUGCUGCGAAGGCGCUCCGAAACCUCGGAUGCUGCAGAGAGAGUCGCCAGUGCUCGACAACAAAGGCAGAAGAGAUGGUCGGAUCUUCAUUUGACUGACAUGGUGUUCACGAACGAUGGCGUGGAGCCCAAAAAGUCAACUAGAGAGAGAGAACCGUGGAAAAGAUGGUCAGAUCUACAGCUCAGGCAAGAUCCAAAGUUGUUGUCCCAAAUCAAGCAGAAAGAUGAUGGGACAAAAUCUGGAUCGGUCGCCAAUCGCAAAAAGUUGUGGGAAAACCCAGGCAGCGGUGAAUCGAGAAAGCCCCAGCGCCCCCUGUCAAGUAUCCGUCCUUAAGGAAGUCACCUUUGGUUCGACAAGGCGGUGUAGAAGAUGCGAAAUUGUCCAGUAUCUGGAUUUGGUUCCUUGGAUUAGAUGCGUUGAGGUGUCUUUUGUUUUUGGCAUAAAAGAUAAACAGUCUCGUAGACUGAAGUGCAAUGUAUUUAGAAGGAGCUUGCCGUCUAACGGGCGGGCUGCUGUAUGUUCUUUAAACGCUCGUGUUUAGUCAUUCUGCCUAGAGUAUUCCUUGAGUUAUCCUUCUGUGAUCCUAAAUACACUGAAAAUUUAAUUUGAUAUAUCAAGAUUGCAUCUUUGCUUUAUUGACUUUUAGACGCUCUCAUUCGUUUGCUAACGUAGUGUUUUAAGACAAUCAUCUUUUCGAAGAUAUUUCACUGCCCUUAAUUGCACCGCCCCCGGCAAAGCUCAAUUCAUCUUAAAAGGUUCAGUACGAUUUAAGGUUGUAUCUAGUUUUCGUGGCAUUAUAACUUGUAAAAUGAACAUUUAUACGAUGAUUCUCUAAGGCCUAUAGACCAGUUUUGUUGCCACACAGCAAGAAUAUACAUAAGCAUUACCUGGAUUUCCAACAUCUAAUCUAACAACUAUUGAAAUCUGUGUUUUAACCUAGAAUAUCCUAUAAAUGUUUGGAGUUAAGCAAUCAUUCUUAGUCACAGUUUCAGUGUAGUUGUCCAUAUUGUGUUUUUUUCCCUAGAUCCCAAAUCUUGCUUGUUAGUUGAGUUUUCAUUCAACUAGGGAACCCAGGUUCAUUUUAAUUUCCCGUAAUGGAUGCGUGACAAUAUUGACGCGGUAUCCAUUUCUGGAUUCCCACAUCCUUAAAUUUUCAACCUUCAGUGCAUCCAAACGUAAAUCGGUUAUAUAUUUAUAGAUACAAGUGCCUAACUUCCUGUAUCACAAGGGAGAAACAGUAUGCUAUGCCCUCUAUGGUACGAGCACCGAGAUGCGUGUUACAAUAACGUUGUUUUUAUCUUACGAACGUUCUUUUUUCCGCCAUAUAAACUCGAGAAAAAAGCAAUCUUUAUACCCAGUAUUUAAUAGAAUGUUGUUAAGAAAUAUUUGCGAGCGAUAAAGUUGUAUCGUAUCUUUUAUUCCUGAAAGUUUUUCUUAUAAGGAUGGUGUUUGUUUCAUAACAGCGAAUUGAGUUAAUUUAUGUAUUAGAAAUUCCUUGCCAUUUUUAUCCGCAAAUUAUUGUGAGAAUCUAGGAUUAUACGUCAUUGGAAAUAUAUGUUUGUUCUUGGUGUUGCUCUCUUUUGUUUUUACCACCAUUGCUAGUUUCAAAGCUAUGGUGUUAAGACAUUGUUGUCAAAUUAGCUAUGUACCCCAUAAUUUUCUAGAGUUGGAGCUGGAAAAUGGAACAGAUACAAUGGAAAUGUGUAAUUUUUCACUGUUUUGAUAAAAAAUUGCUCACAUUGGAAGGUUUAAUUUAUUCGACCAUGCAUCUUGUAUACUGCUUUAUUUCAAGAAAAAAACACUUAAGCUCAAAAGACUAGGAGAGCAGCUUUUUAUUCCGUGAUAACUUGAAAAUAUUUUAGUUAGAAAACAAUACUUGUUGCAGUUACAUCGGCGUAAUGCUAUUCCGGGGUUGAUAAACAUGGCCAAUUUAAAAGUUCCUUGCAAUGUUGAGAAAAUGUAAAUGAAUACCCAUUUUUUAAUCCACACCUGUAAAGAGAGUGAGUGCUACAGAAUUUCCAAACACAAGAUUCCACCGUCUAUAGAAAAGUGAAUGCGAGAGUAAAAAAUCUUGUGAUUCCACCUUCUCCAUGGGGCACAUCUUGGUACCAGUUCUUUAGAUGGGGCACGUGUUGGACCAGACAAGGAGGAUUCCUUUUCCCUGUUUUCUUUUUUAAGGAGGAUUCC